AUGCCUUUGAUGAAUCAUAUCCUUCUGAAAGAUUACAUAGAGGACUCUAAGAGCGCAGUGCAUCAUUGUGGUGGGAUUCCAUUAGCUCUCGAAGUCUUGGGCUCUUCUCUGUCUUGCCAUUCUAUAGAUUUCUGGAGAAGAGCACUAUUAGAACCGCAAGCCAUUGGUGAUGGUAAAAUUCAAAGGAUUCUUAGAAUAAGCUAUGAUUCUUUGCAAGACGAACGGCACAAAAGUUUAUUUCUUGAUAUAGCAUGUUUCUCCAUUGGAACGGACAAAUAUUACCUAAAAAAAAUAAUAGAAGGCUGUGAUUUUUAUAGAAUAACUGGAAUUCAGAAACUCAUUGAUAAAUGUCUAAUAACUAUUGAUAAAGAUGAAGAAGUGAUGAUGCAUCAAUUGCUUAGGGACAUGGGAAGAGAAACUGUCCGCCAAGAAUCACCUGAAGAUCCUGGAAAACUUAGUAGACUUUGGCGUCAUAAGGAUGCAUUAUCUGUACUAAGGAAAAAUACGGCAACAGAAUCUAUCAGACGCUUUAUCUUUGCCAAACAAGAAAACACAACCUGUUCAAGUAAAGUCGACUUGAAAACUGAGACUUUCGUAAAAAUGAGCAAUUGCCACAAAUCAAUCGCAAUUGAGGGAAUCAAGUUGUUGGUCUUGUAUAGCACCACAAAAAGUCAACUAUCCAUUAUGUCACUGGCUCUUUUGCCAAGUUCAUUGGUGAAGUUAAGCCUUUCAAAUAGUAAUAUAACAAAUGAUGUUAUUCCUGAAGACCUUAGCUACCUUCCUUCCUUGGAAUAUCUAGAUCCAAGUGGAAACCCUAUUCAUAGCCUAACAAAAAGUUUGAGAAGCCUUUCAAAGCUUGAAUCUCUUUUGGUAAACCAUUGCAAAAGCCUCCGAUCAUUACCAGAGUUUUCAACAAUCUUAAAAGAUUUAUGGGCAUUAUCAUGUAUAUGGCUCAGAUCAUUUCUUGUGUCUGUAAUAAGAUCAAAGAAAUUGAGCCUAGAUGAUAUAACAUGGGCACUUGCUGCAGAUUGUCCCAAUAAAGUUAGAUCGCACAGAUUAAACGCUAACGGUUGUGAAAAAUUGGUCCAGGUUCAAGGCUACUUCAACUUAGAACUGAUAAGAGAUGUUGACAGUGAAAUAAAAAAUAAUAUGCACUUAUUCAAUGUGGAAUCUGUGAAAGGCAUUGAAGUGGAAAUGGUCAAUUCUUUGACUCAAACAUACAAUAUAACACCUCCCCAGGUAUUACAUGAGCGCGGCACAUUUAGUGUUUUUCUUCCAGGAAGUGAGAUUCCAAACUUGUAUGGUCAUCAGAAUGAAGACUCGUUACUUGACCGUGAUAUGGCUGAAGGUCAAGCCAACCUUUUUGCGCUGGCACUGUUGAAAGGUUGA